GUGCUUCUUUCGGACCGGGUUUUAAGGCGAUAUCAAGAUAAGAGAUCGAAUCAUCAGAUCUUCAAUGCCUGCAGAUAUAUGAACAAGAUCUUCUGUCAAGCCUCUGGCCUCGCGUACAACUGCAGGUAUGCUUGCAUGUGACAUGAAGCAUGGCAUGCUUAUAAGUGACUUAACACUUCCUAACAAAAGAGAAGGAAGUGGAUGACAUCAGAAUCCAAAACUAUCCCAAAUACUAUUUACAGCUUCUUCAAAAGAAUUUUGACUCACCAAAACUGACAGCUAUGCUGAAAUACUUGAUGGUUUCUACAAGAUGCUUGGACAGCGCGACCGAUCCUGUCAUAAAGCUAAGAACUGAUCUUGUGCCUGCAUUUUUGAGAAAUUUAACUAUCUAUUUUCUAUUAGUAUAUCAGUUAGAUGCCUUUUUAGUACCUGAUAGAAGUGAAGAUGGUGGCCAGCAUAAUACACUUUCUUUCACUCUUGGAUGAGUAGACAAGUACAUUACUAUUUUUCGGAGCGUUUUCCUGAAUAUUUUUCCCAUCUAAUGUAAGUAGUGAAACUAGUCUUACGGUUUCGGCUACUUAGAGCAUCAUUAAUGCAGUAGCUUAGGGGGGGGGGUGCUUAGUGAUUUUGGAAUUAAAAAAAAAAAGAGAAAAUAGACAAAAGAUAGAAGCGCCAGUGCUUAAUUAAGCUGUCCAAGCUUCGGUGCUUAAUCACUUUUGCAACUUAAAAUUAUUAAAAAAAAAAAGAAUUAAGUACCCCUAAUUGAGUGUAUUUGGGUUAAUGGUUAUGGUGCUCUUAGGUUUAUCUGGUCCGGUAUUUUUCGGUUUCGGUUCGUUCGUUAGACCAAUAAAUUAAUACUCUUUGAUAAUCUUCCUACACGACCAAUUGAACUUGCAAAAAUAAAGAUUCCAAAAACGACGUCGUUUCCCAUUUCACUGAAAGGACACGACUUGGUAGGUUUCUCACUGUUUCUUCUUCUUCUUCUUCUUCUUCUUCGCUCAAGUCGGGGGAUACUUUUCUGUUUUCUCUCGAAAAGAAACCCUAAAAGCCCUCACCUUCUUCUUCUCGUCUCUUUCUCAAUUCGUCUACAGAGGACACACCCACUAAUCCGCUCGUUACUAAACGGUAAAAACACAUGACGAGAGAGGAGAGUUCGAAAGUCACUCGAAGAAGCACUAGAUUCUCAUCUUCUGUAACCAAUGACAACCCUGAACCCAACCCCUCCCACCCACCAACCGUCGCUGACCUCACGUUCGGACAAGAAUCCAUCACAUUGGACGCCCUUCUCUCCAGUUUCCCAGGCAGACGCUCUCAGAUUCUCGACCUGAUCCGUCUCAUUGGCCCCUUGGACUCCCCUGCUCUUCCAGUAAUGGUCUACGGCGACGCUUCCACUGGCAAAACAAGUGUUGCUCUUCAGGUGUUCAAGCAUCUCAACCGCCCUUUCGUCUACUCAAGCUGCCGUACGUGUUGCACUCCCCGUCUCUUCUUCGAGUCGAUUCUGAAUCAGUUGCUGCUGCAUAGCAAGUCUUCUUCAAAUGGGUACGCUAGUGCAAAACGAUGUGACAAGCCAUCUGACUUUGUGAAUUUACUUAAAGAAGCGCUUAGUGGUGUGGUGGAGACUCUAGGCUCUGCAAAGCUGGAGAGGAAACUUAUGGGGAAGAUGGUGUACUUGAUAGUUGAUCAUGUGGAUCUUAUCAAAGAGUGGGACAAAGGGGCAAUGAUUCUGCAGUUUCUUUUCAGUUUGUAUUCAGUUCUGAAGAUGCCUCAGCUUGGUAUUAUACUCAUCAGUGGAUUGCCACCGGAUGUGUAUUACUCAAACAUGGGAUACACUGACCCUAUGCCUGUUUAUUUCCCUGAGUAUUCUGAAGAGGAGCUUCGUCAGAUCUUCUUGAAAAAUCAAGUUAACAAGAAGUUGUACUCCGCGUUUCUCGAUGUUGCAUUGAGACCUUUCUGUAGAGUCACAAGGAGAGUUGAAGAGCUUUCCACUUCCUUGUCAUCAUUGUUCAGAAAGUAUUGUGAACCACUUGAUGAUUUAUCGAUUUCGCCUAAUGAAGAUCUGAAGAGAAGGCUGUAUAGCAAUCUUAGACCGCAUAUUACUUCUUGUUUGAAUGAGGUAUUCAGGGUCUCAGGUCGCCCUCAUGAUGGUGACACCAGAGGCGAGAGAAGGCAGAAAGCCAGCUACAGUUCUGAGAAAGGUGAAGAACUUGAGAUCUUGGACUUCCAUAUGUCUACUUCAGCAAAGUACCUUCUCAUUGCGGCGUUCCUAGCUUCGAGAAACCCAGCAACGUUAGAUGCCUCGAUGUUUGACUCCACAGGAGGCAUGGAUAAUCGUAAAAGAAAGCGCAAGGCAUCUGAGAAAUCGAUGGAGAAGAAGGAAAUGGCAGAGCAGGAAGCAGUGAUGAAAGGGCCUGGAAGCUUUCCACUAGAGAGACUAUUGGCGAUAUUCCAGUGCAUUGCCUCUGUAGGAGACUCUUCAUUAGGCGAGGAGGAAGAUGAAGAAGGAGAAGAAGAAGCUACGGGUUACGACAAGGAGAGUAACAACAUGAUGUCUGACAUUCUGCUUCAAGUGGCGAGUCUUUGUGAUGCAAACUUUAUGAUCAAAAGCGGAAGUUGCCCGUUAGAAGGUUCUAUUAGGUACCGUUCUAUGGUGUCUGAAGAUCUGUCUCUAAAGGUUGCUAGAAGCCUCAGCUUUCCACUGUCCAAGUACUUGUAUAGAAGAUAAAAUGCUGAAAAGACACUAUGUAGAGGCCGUGCGUCUCUAAGCUCUGAACCCGGUUUAGGCAAGAAUCGUCUUGAUUUUACGGUUUGGGAUUUUAUUCUAUAACACUUAAAUCUAUUAAGAAUAUAUAAGAAUGUCGUCUAAACUUUUUUUAUUCAAAAUGAGAUAAAUUAUUCAAUCUGUAAUUCUAUUUUCUAGUUUCUUAUUGAAAGUGAAGGUAACACCUAUCACGGAUGGGCGUUACUUGAUUACUAA